CGAACUGUCGAGAGCGAUAAUCUGCCCCCUCACUGGAGGCUGACAGCCACUCCCGAUAUAGCUAGUCUACAGGUAUAAGACCUCCUUGAGAUCCAAUGGGCUUCAGAAGGUACCUCUUAGCAGACUGCUAUUGUUAACUGUACAUUCAGCAGGUUCCCUGUUCUUUCGAAAACCGACCUGACGCGCCGUUAGAGUAGCGAAAUUACUGCCAACAUGGAUACCGAAAGUGUCAUGAAACAGCUCAAAGCCAUGGAGGCAACUAUCGAAAAGCUCACAGCUGAGGCGGAUGUACGAAAACUGCAGCAUAUCUACGGAUAUUACCUUGACAAAUGUCUUUACAAAGAGGUGGUGGAUCUGUUCUCAGACUCCCCAGAUGCUUAUGUGCAGUUCUUGAAUGGCCGCUUCAGAGGCAAAGACUCAAUCCGUCGGCUUUUCAUCGAUCGGUGGUCCAAUUACUUUGUCGGUGGCCGAAACGGUCCCAUCCAUGGCUGGCUUCUAGACCAUUUCAUCGGCCAAGACGUCGUAGACUUCCAACCAGGAACAAACAUCGCCAAAUACCGCGGCAGAACCCUCAUGAGCGCAGGUACACACAAGACCCUAUCCCCAGAAUAUCCAGGCGGUCAACGCCAAUGGUGGGAGGGCGGCGUCUACGAGAAUGAGUACAUCAAAGAAGACGGAGUCUGGAAGAUCUUCCGUCUGCGAUACCACCCAUUCUGGCACGGGAGCGUUGAGCAGGGCUGGCAGAAUGCUGAUCGCUUUGUGCCCUUGUUUAAGGAGACUUAUCCGGCGAAUCAGCAGGGACCUGAUGAGCUGUGGGAGGGGGCGGAUUUGUGGCCUGAUACUAGAGUUGUACCGUUUCAUUACCCUCAUCCUGUUACGGGGAAGCAGGUGGCGGAGGAGGAUUUGCAGGCGCCCAAGUGGAGAGAGCCAGCGAGUAGUGCUCCGCCAGCAAGAGUCAUUAAUGACUGGACCGUUUGAUAGACAUGAGUUAUGUACAUGGUGGCUAUAGAAACAGACAAUGUUACACUCGAUCGACAACCUAAGGCAAUCACAUGUCUCGUGCUGUGAAGAAGAGAG